AUGGGCAGGAUGGUGUACACGUGCGCGAUGUUGCUCAUCUUCUCCGCCAUCAUCGUGUUGCUCAUGUUCCGCUCGAUCAAGAGGAGCUCUUCGGCUAUUGAGAUGGAAGCCCUGCUGGACGCGAUGCGAUUCCGCGAGGAGCUCGACAUCCAGCAACGACAACGCCGAAGAUUGUUGAAGGCUAAAACAAAGGUGGCUGCCUGGUUGACCAAGGCCGGGAAAGGAGACAAGGGAUGGCGCUCGGCACCUCAGCUCCUCCCGCCGAGAAGGCCAACCGUAUCAUCCUCAAAUUCGGACAUCCCCGAAAUUGUGGUGACUGAAGAGGUGCCGAUGGAUAUCUUCCGCUCGAAAACUCCGUGCCUUUCGUUGCUAUAUGAUUUUGAGAACUCCCCGGAUCUCGAUGUCAAUGCCGCGUGGCUCGGUCUGCUCCUCCAUCGGCUCGCACUACUCGCUCAACGUCGAUUCAUGCCCUACCUCGCCGCGCCAUUCCGUCCACGUCAUCCGGCGACAAUCAUCGAUAAAAAGCGUUCCGUCAAUAGACGGUUCACCGCGAGUAUCGUUGAGUCUGGAUCG